UUUUUUCUCCUCGUUCACACAACUUCCCCCUCCCCCUCAUGCAACUUGGCUUACUUUUAACCCCACCAAUCCCCCACCACCCCCUCUCCAUCCACUUCCUCCUCCUUAAAAAAAAUCCUCUUUUUUAUCCUCCCUCUCUCUCUUUCUCUCUCUCUCUAAAGUUCUAAACCAAUCAAAGAACACUAAUAACAAAAAUUAAAUCAUCUUGGUCUCACCUAAUUCUAUUCCCCUCUCCAAAGGGGCCAGAGCCCAGCCCCUCACCUACAUAAUAAAUUCAAUCCUCUCAAAACAAGCAUCUUUUUGAUAAGCAUCUUUGCUCUGUUUUUAUGGAUCCAAAGAGAAUUCACCAUCAUCUACCAAAACCAUCCCAACUCCCACUCCCACCACCACCACCACCACCACCACCACCAUCAUCACCACAGCAUUCCUCUUCCUCAACCAGCUUCCCCAUUCUCGCCCUCUCAAUCCUCGGAAUCCUCACCACCUCCAUCCUCCUCCUCAGCUACUACAUCUUCGUCAUCAAAUGCUGCCUCAACUGGCGCCACUCCGACGUAAUCACCCGCCUCUCCCGCUCCCGAAUCCGAUCACUCCCCACUUUCCGGUACCGGAAAGCAGGGGAUUCCACCUCCACCGCCAACACCAACACCAACACCAACGACUGUGCUGUGUGUUUGAACGAGUUCCAAGAGGAGGAGAGGAUCAGAUUACUGCCCAAUUGCCUCCACCUCUUCCACAUCGAUUGCAUCGACACCUGGCUCCAGUCCAACGCCAAUUGCCCGCUCUGCAGAUCGCCCAUCACCGCAAUAUUACAUCCGAUGUUAGCAGCAGCAGCAGCAGCAGCAGCAACCCAGCUCACGGAGCCCGGCAAUGGCCGCGACCCUGGUCAACGCGAUGAUGCGGCGGCGAUAGAGGUGGCGAUUAGCGGCGAGAGCCGUGAGCGAAGCCACCCGGGAGCGGCGGUGGCUUCGCCGAGGAAGGGAGAGGAGUUGGGUGGGUUGAAGAGAGGGAAGAGGCCGCAUAAUGGUGGCAGCAUGGGGGACGAGUGCAUCGAAGUGAGGAGCAAAGAUGAGACCUUUUGUAUCCAGCCGAUGAGGAGAUCUUUCUCUAUGGACUCCUCCAGCGACAAGCAACUUUACUUGGCUCUUCAGCGAAUUUUGCAGAAAAACCCACACUUUCCAGAUAUUUGCGGCGGCGGCGGCGGCGGCGAAAGCAGCAGCAGCAGCAGUAGUGGCUCCGGGAGAGCGCGGCGGCCCUUCUUCUCGUUCGGCAGUCACCGGAGCUCCAGAAGUGCUGUUCUACCAAUUUAAGAUGAUGAUUUUACUGGUUAAUUAUGUGGAAAUAGGAGUUGAGUGUAAAUGGGAAUUUUUUAUAUUAUUUUUUAAUGUAAAAUAUUAGAUUGUUAUGUUACUUUCUAAGAAGAUCAUUGUUAUGAUCAGAUGCAGGUUUAGUA